AACACCAGGAACCAACACGGAUUCUUUUUUCUUCUCUCUCUCUACUUUCUCUCUCUACGUUACGGCUGUUCUGUUGUGUUAUGCUACUCUGGUGCUCUGUUUUUUUUUUUUUUUCUGGAGGCUUUGACGGCCGUCUUCUCCAUUGAAGCUGCGGUGCUUCAAGCUAUAGUUUUACUGUGAGAAAGGAUUAGAGAGAGAAACGAAGAAAUGUAUGCCGAGACUGGCCUCCUCUUUCCUUACUUCCACAACUCCUCUCAAGAAGUACAACAACUUGAAGAUUUUUGUUAUUUUCAGAAAUCGAAUCUUCCAAUGGGGAACAUGCUUCAGACCUCCACUAUAUUGGAAUAUGACUUGGGGGAAGAAGGGGAUCUAUUCAAAGCACCAGAACCAAUUAUUGAAGAACCAAUGAUGGGCCUUGAUCCCAUGACUGCUGCCAUUUCAAUGAUCUCUUGUGGGGAGGAUGCCAUAUCCUCCCAAGCACUCAAGGUUGGAGACAUUGAAUCAAUUCAAAGUGAGCAACUUUUAAGUGAGGUUUUCUAUGAAUGCAAGAAGGAUAUCUUGGCAAAAGAUGCUAUAGAAACACCAUUCUCUGAUGUCCUGGAUAUCAAGAUUCCAGUUGUGAGCAUUGAUGAAAACAUGGUUGCGGAGAACAAAUUUACUUCAAAUGGACCAUUCCAGAAGAGUGUUAGCUCCGGGUGUUUAAGUUCAAUGGAUUGGGUACAAGGGGCUCCAAUUAGGCCUAAUUUUCUGGAUUUUCCUGGGAUGAAUCUUGAUGUUGUUUAUGGGAUGCGAAGGGCAUACAGCGAAGGAGACAUAAAGGCUCUUGGUAAUGAUAAUGUGAGCCUCCUCCAUUCUCCCCGGCCGCCACAAAUUAUCAGCAAUUGUAACACUGAAGACCGCAUGCAAAAGCUUUCAAGAUACUGGAACAAGAAGACAAAGAGGAAUUUUGGCAGAAAAAUCAAGUAUGCUUGCAGGAAGGCUCUGGCUGAUAGUCAGCCGAGGAUUCGUGGAAGGUUUGCAAAGACUGAAGAGACUGAUCUUUCAAGGAAGCAGUAACUAUUAACUCCACCAGUACGAAGAAAAGUAGGAAUAAGCACCCCACGAGAGUGACAAAUGAGAUCAGUGGUGGUAAAAGCCAGGCUUAAUCUGUAUGGAAACUUAAACAGGCUUUUUCCGAGAUAGUUUAUCUCUUGUUUCCACCUAAUAAUCUCUGUAGAUUAAGAUGGCCAACUAGAGUUGUAAAUAGUGCUUUUGGAAUAAAGUAAGUUAAGAGUUGUACUUGUUCAUAUACGUGCUAUGAAAUUCUGAUAUUGCAGUC